GGAGGCCGGUCCCCGGAUGGAGGCGGCCGCCGCCAUUUCAGCCAGCGGGCGCCCGGGCCGGGUGCUGCUGCUGCUGCUGCCGCCGCCAGCAUGAGGCGCCUGUCGCAGCUGGUCUUGUUCGCCCUGCUCGUCUUCCCCGCCGCCCUGCUGCUGGGGGGCGCCCGCGGCGGCACAGGUUCAGGUUUAUCAGUUGCAGCUCAAGAUGCUACAGAAGAUGAGGAAGCUGUGGAAGAUACAGUAGUUGAAGAUGAAGAUGAUGAAGCUGAAGUUGAAGAAGAUGAGCCAACAGACUUGACAGAAGAAAAAGAGGAAGAAGACUUAUCAGGAGAACCGAAAGCCUCACCUAGUGCUGAUACAACCAUCUUAUUUGUGAAAGGUGAAGACUUUCCAGCAAACAACAUUGUAAAAUUCCUGGUAGGCUUCACCAAUAAGGGUACAGAGGAUUUCAUUGUGGAGUCUCUCGAUGCCUCUUUCCGGUAUCCUCAAGACUACCAGUUUUAUAUCCAGAACUUCACAGCUCUCCCUCUGAACACGGUGGUUCCACCACAGAGGCAAGCCACGUUUGAGUACUCAUUCAUCCCUGCCGAGCCUAUGGGCGGUCGUCCUUUCGGACUAGUUAUCAAUCUCAACUACAGAGAUGUAAACGGCAAUGUGUUUCAAGAUGCUGUCUUCAAUCAAACUGUUACAAUUAUUGAAAAAGAAGAUGGGCUGGAUGGAGAAACGAUCUUCAUGUACAUGUUCCUUGCUGGACUUGGUCUGCUUGUCAUUGUUGGCCUACAUCAGUUACUAGAAUCUAGGAAGAGGAAAAGACCAGUACAGAAAGUAGAGAUGGGAACAUCAAAUCAGAACGAUGUUGAUAUGAGCUGGAUUCCUCAAGAAACUUUAAAUCAAAUAAAUAAAGCUUCACCAAGGAGGUUGCCCUACAAGAGGGCACAGAAGAGAGCAGUGGGCUCCGAUGAGUAAAUGUUAACUAGUACAACACUUGAACCUUUACUAAUCCUGCCUGUUGGGUUUUUUGGAUUGGAGUAGUGCAGAGAAUCCGUAUCACCAUAAGGAAAAUACUGCUAAACAUUUGGACUGAACAGAUUAACUGAACGGUGUUAAUAUUGCUGAAAAUGCACUUCUCUUGGUUUUUUGUUAAUUGGUUGGGGGGUGGGAGGAGGCAGCCAUUAAGAUUUGUGCUUGCGUGUGUAAGCAGUUGGUCUUAACAGAACCAUGUUACCUGAAAUGUGCCUUUAGAGUUCUUUGUUCUGCUGGCUUGUCAUCUGUACAUGCUUUGAAGGAUGAUUCUCCUCCCCCCUAAUCUGAAUGUCUAGUGACUUAAUCUGUCUUGAUUGUAUCAUACCUGUAUCAGAAUCUGUACGCAUCUUUCUUUUCCAGUAAGUAACUUGAUUCUCUACAGUGUGCACACUGAAGUUGGUGUGUGGGGUCCAAUUUCAGUUGCAAGGUGCUGAUUGUCUAGAUUUCUGCAUUGUUUGCAUUCUAAAGGCACAAUUGGGUAUAGCUGCUCAUAGUGGUAGAUAUUGUGCUGCUGUUGUGAUCUGGGCAUGCAGUGACCUCAAAAUCUGAACUUAUCUGCAUAGACGUUAGGAAAAGUCUUACACAGCAGCAAAACUUGUGAAGCAUGGAAUUUGUGUGCUGAAUUGGUAUUACUACAUAAAUUUUUUUUAUACCCAACUUGUUAAACUUAAUUAUUGAGUCGUGCCAGCAGCUUAGGUAUUCUGGUUGUAGUGGUAGCUCUGCAGUGUUUACUCAAGAAAUAAUUGAAUCAGCCAGAACUUCUCAGUAUGUUUUUGGUACUCUCACGAAAACUAGAAUGUCAUAUAUAUCAAAAUGUGGACUUCUCUUAAAGCUUUACGUGGGGCAAGGACUUUGCAUUUACUGUACACACUUGAAAGACCAGUGGCUUUGAAUAAUCUUUUUUAAAUGGCAAACUAUUUAAUUUGCCCUUUGCAGUUUUUACAUCUCAGACUUCUGAGUCUGAGAGUACUGAGAGUCUGAGUAGUGACACUGGUCAGUACAUUGGUCUGAGGGUUGGGUUUUUUAAAUAACCUUGUCUUUCCUACUAGUAACACAGAUGCAUAUCCGUUAUUAGCUACAUGUUAGUUCAGUACUAAAGCAAAAAAGCUAUAUGCAAUCCAAAUUGGGUUUUCUUUUGUGGCAGGCACAGCUUAUGUGGUUACCAGGUACUGAGGUAUUGAUCCACAUCCAUUGCAUUCAGGAGCUUAACUGACAGUAAAAGGAGCAGUUAAUGCAGUGUCAGUUUGCUGCCAUUCAGGCACUUAGACAUGGCUUUAAUUGUUUGCAUCUCAACCGCAUCUCUUCCUCCGUCUGAAGGGUAUAUGAAAGUUUGACUUCAGGAAAAGGCAGUCAUUUGAGACCUCCAUUUUCUUCUCUUCCUCCCCUUCCUGAUCCCCACACAUGAAAGUGCUAUUUCAAAUCUAUGCUGGCUCUGCCAGGACUGAGCUGCUGAGCCAGUGAAUGCUAAGCAAUACCUGCAAGUCAUGUCAUUGACAUCUAAACUCUGAAACUACCUGUACUGGCACUAUUUUACUACAAACCUUCCCAGAAUUAAUUGGGAUGCUCUUGACUCAUUUUGCAUGGAAAAGACAAGAAUAGGAAAAGCAACCCCAAAGAGGCUUUGCUCAACUUCCUGAUAAUGUAGCUAGCAGAGACAGAAUGCUUUUAAUAAUUAGGAUUGAUGAGUUGUCAUACAUGACACUUAGCACAGUUGAGUGCUAUCUUCAUAAGAAGUAUCUCCACUCAAAUUGUGUGGAGCAAACUUUGUUUGCCUUUAGUGAUGUGAUCUGACUGGGUCUGUGGUAGGUUUAUGGGCUUAUUCCAAGCUUGCAUUAAAUCAACAAAGUGUUCAUGUAGUAAAUGCUCUGUGAGCUAAAGCCCUAUAGCUAUUGCAGCACCUGGUGUACUGAACUUCUAAGUUGCCUCUAGGAUUAUGUCUGAGAUGUUUUCCCUUUCUGGUAAUAGGUGAUCUUAAAUGGUAUACUCUUAAUUCUUCCCAAGAUAGGAAGGUAUUCUUUUGAGGGGUGAUGAGAGCUGCUCUAGAUAUGGCUGAACUCCAGGAAAAGAGACAGAGGAUCAGAACAGAGGAUGCUAGUUUAUAAGAUCCUAGUUUUAUUCAGUUUAGCUCCUGCUGAUUGAGUUUUAGAGCAAAUCAGGUCUUACAGUGACAAGGACUCAAGCUGAAGCACUGCACAAAUAAACAAGUAUUUGAAGGUUGCAGCUUUCUUCUCUGUACUGUGGUUAAUGUCCACAUGCUUAAAUUCUAAGCAUGAAAGGAGAAGACAGUUUAGCAACUUGCACAGGAACUCUGGGAGAGUCUGGUUGUACCGAGGCUGUUCUGAUAAUACAACUUUGCAUUCACUAUCAAUGGUUCAUAGUAAUGUUCUCAGCCAGGAGCAGUUCUUAAGAACAGUGGCCAGCAGUCUGCUGCUGCUCAUGACAAAUGAAGUUAACAGUUUGGAAUUCCUUGUUAGUUUGCUGUAGUUGAAAUUCAGCAAUAACAUUCUAGUGUGUAGUGGCAAUUGAACUUCAGCAUCUCUUUCAUUAUUUCUAGUGAAUAAACUGGGCUGCUACACUCAGAUUCCUUCCAACGGGAGAACAUAGUUGUUGCUUUAUCCUGUUGGUUAACUUUUAUUUUGGUACUUGAAUUUUCUACUUGAUUUUUAAGCACAUACAUUUAGCUUAAUGUCACAGAUUUGUUUCUGCAUAUAAUUAUUACUCUUAUCAGCUGUGUAGGGUAUAGUUUCAUUAACUUCAAGACAGAACAAAUAGCGAUCCUGCCUGUCUAUGCCGCCACCCCCCCCCUCCUCUGAUAGCACAAGCAUUUGUAUAAUCUAGCAUUCUUACCAGCCUACUUUUCAUCAAGCUUGCUGAGCUGCCACACAACUGCUCAUGUGAGAUUGAGGAGCAAAGACCAUGAAAGAUGUCAGCUAGUGUUUCUUCCGUAUUAGUAGGAGAUGCUAAGAUGGUUUUAGACCACAAAUAAAAUACAUCCAUAGUGUGAAGGACCACUAUCAAUUCCUUUGUCACAGCCUAUUAAUACUUAAAGAAAUUGUAAAGAGUUAAUGAGUCUAUACUGUAGGUAAGAAAAACUGCUUUAGAGUUCAUGUCUACCAUGGUAACAAGGUAUUAAAUUGACUACACUGCAACUGCAUUUGAUACUUGCAGCCCUCUGUAUGCUAUCUGCUUUGUGACAGCCAUUCAUUUUUUCCCAGUAUAAUUUAAUCUGAGAGAGAAGAGGCUGCUGUCAGACUAAAGGGUGAAGUAUCAUCUUUAUUAUUCAUGUACAAAAAUCAUUGAAUGGUAGGCUGUGUAGAUGAAUGGAGCAGACUAGUGAUGGCAGUGCUUCUGCUUAUUUCAAAACAGUUGUACUGAUCAUCUUCCCUACCUUGGAAUGUAUAUAAUUGCAAGUGUCAUUAUUUGUUCCUGGAAUGCAUGGUGCUACACAAAACCUUGCAGUUGAAAGUUCUUAAUGCAGGCAAGCAGCAAGGAAGUCAAAUACUAAUGUAGGCUGGUUGUUCUGUUUUUCAGUGUGCCUACCUCAUAGGAGUGACACAAGGGCUGUUUCAGGAGUGUUUUGCUGUUGAGACUUGCACAAUACACUUCCUUGGAGAUAGUAAGACAUAGAACUAGUGUAACUUGAUGGCAGCUGCAUACUCAUUUUGUACUAGUUUAAUCCCCUCACUGAACAAAAUUUAGCAGCUUUACACUAAGACUUUUCUUAAAUACACAAUGGAAUUGCAGUUAACUUACAGAGAAGAGCAAAGCAAGAGAGAUCUUUCUGUGAGAGUGUAUAGGUGGGCUGCAUAAGAUUCUUCUGACAUUUUUCCAUUUAUCUCUCAUUUUUCCCAGGGAUUUUUUUAAUCAAAUGCGUAGAUUGUUUGUGUAGAUACAAUCUACAGACAGACAGAUUGUUUUGGAUUAUUAAGUUCAGGUAAUGUACCACAACUGAAAUGUUAAAUUAACAUUUACUUUCUUACCUGCUGACUUUUCAUUUAUAAGUGAGAUCAGAUCUCUUGAAAUGCCUGCAGGUUUUUUGUAAAGUAAACUUGAUUUUUUUUUUCCCUCAGCAUUGUGUAGCUUUUUUUUUUUUUAAAUAAAGCAUGAGUAUGGCACCAAA